AGGUUCAUACAUUUGUCCUUCGGGAUUCAUCAUCCUCAAGACAAAAAAACAAUCUGCCGGAGUUAUUAAGUUUAAAAUGAGAUGAGGAGGGGGUGAAAAGUGGACCUCCCAUACACUCUCCUCCAAUGUCCCAGAGACGCUAUGACUGUUGUCGGAGCGCCAGAUUGCUGAGUGUGGGCUCAACCUCCUGAAACGGCCCAUCAACUCUCUCUCUCAUUUAAACAUGAAGGAGGUGAGGCUGUGGACGGCCAGUGAUGUCUCAGACUGGCUGAGUGAAGAAGGCAUGCAGGAAUACACUGAAGCCUUGCGGGAAAAGGAUGGUCCUGCCCUCCUGCAACUCUCUGAGCAGGACUUUAACACUUUGCCUCUGUCCCUGGUGACCGGAGACAGUGGGCGACAACUUUUGGAGCGAAUAGAGACUUUGCGUUUCACUAGUCACAUGAAGGCACACAAGGGCAACAAUCACAAAAACAGUUACCAGGCCAACGGUCAUGUUGGUGUCAUCCUCGCCAAUGGUAGUAUUAGCAAUGGCAAAACUGUCAACGGCGCUCCAAAAAACGGCUUGCUCUCAGAACCGGUUCGCAUCUUGAUCCCAUCGCUGUCUGAGCAGGAGCGAACGCCGUUUCCCACCGAGUGGUUCAAAACAGGUGUGGCUUUCCUGUACGCUCUGUGCUGCUUCCUCAUGACUACAGUUAUGAUCUCAGUGGUGCACGAACGUGUUCCACCCAAGGAGGAGACGCCGCCUCUGCCGGAUAAAUUCUUUGAUCUGUUUGAUCGUGUGGAGUGGGCCUUCUCCAUCUGCGAGAUCAAUGGCAUGCUGCUUGUGGGACUGUGGUUUACUCAGUGGCUUCUGCUUAAACACAGGUCAAUAAUCGGCCGCCGCUUCUUUUUCAUUGUGGGAACUUUAUAUUUGUACAGAUGUGUGACUAUGUAUGUUACAACGCUUCCUGUGCCAGGCAUGCACUUCAAGUGCUCCCCUAAGCUAUUUGGUGACUGGGAGGCUCAGUCACGACGGGUGAUGAAAUUGAUGGCAGGUGGCGGCCUCUCUAUCACUGGCUCUCACGCUUUAUGUGGAGAUUAUCUUUACAGCGGACACACAGUGAUGCUGACACUAACAUACCUCUUUAUUAAAGAGUACUCUCCACGGAGGUUUUGGUGGUAUCACUCGAUCUGUUGGUGUCUGAGUGCGGUCGGGAUCUUCUGUAUUUUGUUGGCUCAUGAUCAUUACACCAUUGAUGUGGUAGUGGCCUACUUCAUGACCACACGGCUCUUCUGGUGGUACCACACAAUGGCCAAUCAGCAGGCUCUAAAGGAGAAAUCCUCUGGAAACAUGUUCUCUCGUGUGUGGUGGUUCGGCCCAUUUCAAUACUUUGAGACUAACGUGCGUGGCAUCGUGCCUCGAAACUACCAGCUGCCAUUCUUGUUGCGAACUCUGACAAGCACCAGAGUGAAGUACAGUAAGCUGGAUUCGAGAGAGUCGUGACCCCUGGAGCCCUGAGACUCUAAAAGAGGAGCUACUCUUCCCUUCAAGCCCUGCAAAACUGGUUGAGCACUGUGACGCAUAUACAUCAAUCAUUUUGUAGUAUUCCAAGCAUUUCAAUGUCCCUAUCAGGUAUGUAUAUGUAGAGCAGAGCGUUUAACAACUGGAUUCAAUUUUGCUGCUCUUGAAAUGGUCAGGCCUUCGGUCUUUGGUCUGGUAGAAAAAUGUCAUUUUAAAGUACUUUUACCUGCCAAAUCUGUAUUGAAUAAACUGGAACACUUGUAGAAAAAUAGAUUUUUCUUUUUAAAACAUCUUUUUGUAACAACUUUAAUAAUUCCGGAGCUUUUCUAAAUAUUUCACAGGUUUAUUUUAGGGAAAUAAUAAUAAUAAAGUGUCGUCCAAAUACAAUAUCUUUUUUAGAUUUGUACCUUCCUGAACGCUGAAACCUAAACAGCCUCAGUUAUAGUGCCUUUCUUCCACACAUACACACACACACAUAUACAUACAUCUCAACAUGUAAUAUACUCAUUUGCACAUCCAAACUUCAACAAUGUACAUGCUUUAAACAUUUAUAUAAUGUGUUAAACCCACAAUGUUUUCUGUCUGAAAGUGUUGCUUGGGGUCUUAAAUCAUUACAAGAGGCAGUACAGUUUUAGAGAAGCUAUGUGGGAGAUCGGUUUUGCUUUUCACAUUAGUCCUUCAAAUCAGAUCCUGAGCACAUGCAUCCUAGUGUUUUAAUUGCAUAAUUGUGUUCAGUUAUUAUUAUCUGGAGAUUUUCUUUUCCUUAAUUAUCAUCUGUUCCUGUAUUAAACUGAGGAAUGAAGAAAAACAAGAGAUUUGGGGGGAAAUUUGUUUGGGAUCUAGUGUUUGUUUGAUGAGGCGUUGUUUAAAUUUCCGCACAGUUAUUUACACAGGAUGUGUUUUUGCUUUCUAAUAAGAUAUCUGCAAUGGAAUUGGAGUUUGUGAUUGUAGUCUGUAUGCAGUGAAAGUUGGCAUGUUAAAUUAAAUCUAAGAGGUGCAGAUGGAUGCAAGAAUGCUUUUCAUUUGAAUGGUUAAAUGAAUACCCCAAAAGUUUUAACAGUAAAUACAUAGCUCACUCAAAAAAAUCACUUUGUCAUUUACUCACCCUCAAGUGGCUCCAAAUUAUUAUGAAUGUUGAACAUCAGUAAUUAAACAGGAAAAAAUGAUGUCUGCUGGUUUUCAUCAAUCUUCAAAAUGUCUUUCUGUGUUAGAUAAAAGAAAAAAUAAAGGUCAGAGAGGUUUGAACCAAGUGGAAGGUGAAUAAAUGACAGAAUUUAAUUUUUGCGUGAACUAUCCCUUUAGGGUUACCCAAGUGCAUGACUGAAAAACAAUAAUAAAAGAACCAUAGAUAAGGUUCAGAAAGCAUCCUAUUAUUACAGAACGUUUGUGUUCAGUGACAAUUAAUUCACAAAAACUGAAUGUUUACAUAUGAAACUAAUGAUAUAAGAGUGUGUAGAUAGGGUGAUCUGUACAGUAAAUAACAUGUAUUAUUUAUUUAACACUGUACAACACGGUCCGAAUAACCCCUAUGUUUAGUUAAGGAAGGUAUUUUAGGGCUUCUUCUUUCAAAAGUUUGUCCAUUCAAAGUGUGCUUCCGCUAGAAAAAGGGAAGAUCGUCAAAUCUCUCUCUAAACAAAAAAAAGCCCUAGUGUUUGAAACUUUCUGGAGCAAGAACUAAAUAGAAAGUGAUGGUAUCUGACUGAAGGAUGAGCCUGUAGGGUGAAUGUACAAUCGGUGACUGUACACCGUUUAUGACUGGAAGGACUAUCAGAAGCACUUUAAUAUGAUGCCCAGCCACACACUUGUACAACGCACUGCACUUCAGUGACCUGCACGCUGGUAAACCUGCAGGAUAGAAACACUAUUUUCUUAUACACUCAAAUAGCAGCCGAAUUAAUUGAUUGGUUUUGUGUUCUGACAGAGGAAUCAGACCUUUGAAUGUGCAACAUGUACUGAUAUGUGGCCAAAACACAUCAAUUUUAUUAGUGUGUAAUUUCAUUAGAUUUUUUUGAGGCCAUUGAAAAGUCCAGUGUUGGGUCAUGAAAGGUUUUGAAGUACUAAAUAAGAAAUGGGUUGUUAAUUUAAUUGGAAAAAUCCAGAUUGUUCAGCUGUUAAUUAUGCUUUGCGUUACACUGCCAAAUGAUUAAUCUGAGAAGCAAACAGAGUGUUGGCUUAUGAUAUGAUGACUGUAAAUGCAUGUUGUUGUUUUUUUGUUUGUUUUAUUUUUUUUUUCAUUGUCAAUCAUAAAUUCUGCAUUGUUAAAUUACUUUGUUGUCUUGUUAUUUGUGCUAAACAAUCUCGUAAUAUGAGAUGAGACGUGGAGCAGAUAUUGAAUAAAAAUUUUAAUAUUCUGUA